AGACGAGCACUGCUAUUCAUCGAGAAUAACUGUUUCCUGUGUCAAGAUAUCUUGCAAGCCGAAGCGAAAGUCUCCACAUUGAACUAUUCUGUGGGCCAAGAGCUUCGGAUUUCAUCAAACAAAAUGGAUGGUGAAGAGAAGACCUAUGGUGGUUGUGAAGGCCCAGAUGCUAUGUAUGUGAAGUUGAUUUCCUCUGAUGGCCAUGAGUUUAUAGUGAAGAGGGAACACGCCUUAACCUCUGGGACCAUCAAAGCCAUGUUGAGCGGACCAGGACAGUUUGCAGAGAAUGAAACCAACGAAGUGAACUUUAGAGAGAUCCCCUCCCAUGUCCUGUCUAAGGUGUGCAUGUACUUCACCUACAAGGUCCGCUAUACCAACAGCUCCACAGAAAUACCUGAAUUCCCCAUCGCCCCUGAGAUUGCACUGGAACUCCUAAUGGCUGCAAACUUUUUGGAUUGUUAAAACUCUAAAAAAAAAAAAUGUAGCAGCUUUAAAACAUUUUUAGAUUUUUUUGACUAUUUAACUUGUUUGCCAUGUUGCUUCAGAUAAAAACAAAAAUGCUGAGUCUGUUAUGUCAAUAAGCUUUUUUUUUUUUUUUUUGCACCUGGCUUUAUGUCCUGAUUAUUGGUCAUAAAGAUUUUCAUUUUAAUAUAAUAAACUGAAAUGGUUGCUCCAGAAUGCGAUGAAAUUCGGAAACCCUUUCUGACAGUUUUUCCUUACCUCCCCACCACAAUAAAGUUUGUUUUUGG